CACCGAGACUCUUCUGUUCGAUCACAUUUUGUCCAACAAGAUGAAAUCUCUUCUGUGCAGCAGCCCAAUAGUAAUGAGGCUCAUGUUGAACAGAGUGAAACCAAAUCUAAUAGACCUGAGACUGACAACCAUAGUGAUGAAGAGAAAAAAGCAAACAUGGUGAAGUCAAAUAACAAGGAUGAUGAAACGAUCACUAGUUUACUGAAAUCUCAUCAGAAAGCUAUGGCUCAAAUGCAGUCAACACUGACAGCAAAAGAGGACACAAUCAAGCAUCUCACUACUGAACUGGAAACAACGAGAGAAAUGCUGAGAGCACAGUCAACUGUGUCCAAGCAAAAAUACAAUACUUCGCAAGAUGGGCCUCAGCUUCAAGAAAAAGACACAGCAUCGAAUAAGCAUACAAACCACUUACUCCUGGAAUUAAACCAAGCCCACAAUGACAACAUCCUACUGAAAGAAGAACUAAGCAUCAAGGACAGCGAGCUCAAACGAAUGGAAAAGCUAAUUUCUGACAUUUUAAACGACCACGAGGGUUCCUCUGACUCUGACAGCGAUUCAGAAGACAACAAAUCUAAAGAAUCAGGAUUUCAAUUUAAAAUGAAACUAAGAGAUUCAAUGCUCAGUAAAGAGGCUUCACACAAGAUGAAACUCAUGUAUGAAAUUGAGAUACGGCGACUACAAGAUCAUGUAGAAAAGGUCAAGCAAAGAUGUGACGCUGACAUCCGUCGUCAACAACGAGAACACACUCAGUCCCUCAGUAUUAUGCAGAAAGAAGCUGCACUUGUCCUUAGAGCAGUUAACCGAUUCAAAGAAGGAGUUAGUGGACUUCUCGAACGCGAAUGUAGGCUACCAAAUAUCAUCACAUUUCCAGCAACUAUCAUAUCUUUCUGUAGCAAUCUUGGAUGGAUCUCACAAUAUGCAACAACUUGCACCUCUUCAACUUGACGAUG